AUGUCGUCAAGAAUCGCUCCCACCUUUUCCAAAUUCACCCGCUCCCUCAGCACAUCCUCCCCCGUCGCCCGCCCAAGUCACCUCCUCUCCGCCACCAGUGCUGCCACCAAGUCAGUAAGGAAACCGUCCCCUUCCGUCCUGGAGGAAGACGCAGAGUCAACCCGCGCCCACUCAACCUCCACCUCCCCGUCCCGGCCCACCCUCACCACCCUCCAAACCAGCCAACCUCACCCCUUCCGCUUCAUGCAAACCUUCCACCACUCGGCCCCCCGCCCCGCCACGGCGCACCACACUGUCGACUCGCUCGUCCUCCCAGACCUCUUCGCCAUGGACCCCAACUUUGACCCCUACAGCAACAUCCGCGUCCCGCUCCUCCCGGAUAACAUCUCUGGCCCCCCUUCCGGUCUGUUCGCCCCUGAGGUGUCGGAUUUUGUGCCUGAACAAGCCGCAAAGGAGGUCAAGAUUGUGGCUGCCAACCCCGACAGUGUCGCGCUGCCAGAGGGCGGGUUUGUGGACGGUGUGGAGCUGAGGUUUGUGUAUCAAAUGCAGCCCGAGCAGAGCGGGCAGCAGGAGUAUGAUGAGAUGGGGAGUGGGAUGAUUAAGGAUUUGUGGAGGGGGUUGGUGGACGAUGUUAUGGGUUCUAAAAAAUCCACUGCUUAA